AUGGCAGCAGCGUCUCUGAGUUUGACCACUGUAGCUGCUGCUGACCCGAGUGAUUUCUGUUUCUGGACUAAAGUCACGUCAAACGGCGAGACCCAUCUCAGCUUCCUCCGACACCACAGAGAAACCCACCACCCCUCCUCCUCAUCCCUCCAUCUCUACCACAGUGUGUGGUCGGUGGAGAAUAGACUGGUCAACUGCGCAGUGAGUGACGACACCGCGGUUACAGACAACUACAUAUCUGUGUGUCGGGAGAAGAGCACCACAGCAGAGUUCUCUGACAGUCCUGGUGAACGUUUUGAUGUCAGUCCGCAGUUUGAAUUUGAAAGCCCCUGCGCUCCUGUUAGCUCUCCAACAGUCACCCAGCGCGAAGCGGUUGGAGAUGCCUCUGAGGAACUUACAGAGACAAGGAGUAAGAGGCACGCACGGAGCGUUAUUGAUGAUAUAGCGUUCCAGAAUCCUCUUGGAGACGGUGGUGACAGUUCCAGGGAUGUGACGCAAGCACACAGGCGCGUAAAACGUGGUUUAAUCGUACCGGGAACGCUUUGGUGCGGCUCAGGGAACAAGGCGGCGACCUAUGAGGAUUUAGGUAGGUAGUCGGUGUUGUAUCUAACUGUGUUCCAGACUCAGAUAUGGUUCUCCUUUUGAUAAUAUUUUCUAAAUUGUAAUUGUAUGGGGUAUUAAAGCUAGAAUGUAAUUGAUGAUGAUGAUUAAUGGGUCAUUAGUAGGGCUCUAUAAAAUCCGCGAUGCGGAGAACGCAGACAGAAUCAUGGAAUCCAGAUAUUAAAAAGUAAUUCAACAAUAUUCAAAAAUGUAUUGACCUUAGUAGGGAAUCAACUAAAUUAAUUGAAAAUUAAUACAUUUACUCAAUCACAAUGCAUUACCAUAAUGCAUUAGUGAUUCGUAUUUCCUGCAACUUUAUGAAGAGGCAACGAGAAUUCCCCGUCUGUGUAUGCGAGGUGUGUCCAUAGCCUACACACAAAGCAUCUACCACUUUGUGCAGCUGUUAGCGAUGAUGUUGGUAGAUGGAAAGGCUUUCCCAAAAACCUUCUCAAUUAAAUGUUAACUACAAAGUAGCCUAUGCUUACCUGGCAGAAUGAUAUCAUGAUUAUUUGCAUAAAUCUAGUCGGUAUUUGUUUUGCAAACACUACAAUCACAGACAGUGAUGGUAGAGUGCUACUAUAUACAUCUGCAUUGCUAGCUCUUUGGGGUUUUAGGCUGGGUUUCUGUAUAAGCACUUUGUGACAACUGCAGAUGUAAAAAGGGCUUUAUAAAUUAUUGAUUGAUUGUGUGAGCCACACCUCUAACAUCCUCUUGCUAGGCAUGCACUGUAAUUAAAGGUUAAGUACAUAUAUAUAUACUUUUUUUCAUACCUCAAAAGUGGUCUCCUGAUGUGGUUUAGGCAUUGUUGUGGACUUAGAACAUCCAAUUGAGUUGUUUUUCUGUUUAAAAAAAGUGUGAUUUUGAGAGCGAAAACCUGAAAUAACGGAAAAUGGAAAUCUGGAAAAAUAAAACGGAGAAAACAGAAUUUGUGAAAAACUAAACUGAAUCAGACAAAAAAUAAAACUGAUUUUAUAGGGCCCUGCAUUAGUAAUGCCUCUGUUUUGCUUCACGAUAUAUAAAAUAGGCCUAACCCGGUCUCUUGUUGUUGUUGCUGAACCUCUCCUACCCGUCUACCUGUGACAGGUGUGUUUGCAGAGACAGACAGUUGCUGCAGGGAGCAUGACCAAUGUCAGGACACCAUCCUGUCGUUCGAGACCAACUAUGGCGUUUUCAACAAAAACAUUUUCACCCUGUCCCACUGCCACUGUGAUAACAGGUAGGCUCCCUGUCACAACUAACUCUGUCUAUGUGACUGUGACUCUCAUGAGGAAGAUUCUGCCUUUCCCUUAACAUUAUACAUUACUGAUGCAGUUCCGGCUAACCUCUGUGUAUUGUUGUAUUAAUGUUGUGUUUAGGUUGCAUUAACAUUGUAUUAACAUUGUGUUGUUGUGUAUAGGUUUCACCAGUGUUUACUGGGGGCUGAGGACAGUAUUUCAGACACAGUGGGAUACGUCUUCUUCAACCUGCUAAAGAUGCACUGCUUUGAGUUCUCCCACAGACUACAGUGCUCUCAGAGGAACUGGUUUGGCAUGUGAGCGACUAUCACAACCUCACUUAUGUUUGUUCAUGAAGUGUUUAAUGUAACAUGCAAUGACAACUGGAGUAGAGCCUAAUCCUACCUUGUUCCUCUCCGUGGCAGGUGUCAACAGUAUGAGAUGUCUCUGUAUGCUGUGGUUCAUCCUCCCACCUUCUACAACUCCACCCACCCGGACCCUGACCUAGAGGAGGAUGAAAUGGCUGACAAUACCACCACUACCAUCUCCACUCCCACUUCCACCUCCAGCUCCCCCUCCAACUCUUCCACCUCCACCUCCACCUCCCCCCCCCAACUCUACCACCUCCUCCUCCUCCAGCUUCAUCUCCACCUCCCCCUCCAACUCUACCACCUCCUCCUCCUCCUCCACUUCCUCCUUCAUCUCCACCUCCAUCUCCACCUCCUCCAUCUCCACCUCCCCCUCCAACUCUACCACAUCCUCCUCCACCUCCAUCUCCUCUUCCAUCUCCACCUCCACCUCCAUCUCUUCCUCCACCUCCUCCACCUCCUCUACCUCCAUCUCCACCUCUCCCUCCACCACCUCGACCUCCCCUUCCAUCUCAACCACCACCUUUCCCUCCAUCUCCAUCUCCACCUCUCCCUCCACCCCCACCACUCCUUCCAGUGCUGCCCCAGCAGACCUCACCACAGGGGGUCAGAGUGGAACACCAGCCCCUGGCUCACCUGUCACCCACCCUGACUCUGGAGAGGACAAUAUGGCUGCCAAUACUUCCCCCACCUCCACCACUGGCAAUGCUACUGCUAUAGGGGCCCAGAGUAGCACCUCGGGACCAGUAACUUCAGCCUCGGCCUCGGGCCCAGCAUUGGCUUUGGCCUCGCCAGCUGAACCCACCAACCAUAAUGACCUGACUCGGCCUAAGUCUAAGCAGGAUGCAGCAAGCACAGGUAGGUGGAAGGAAAUAUUGUCUGUUUUUCUGUCUCUGUCUGUCUGUCUGUCUUUGAUAAUAGUGCCUUUUGAGUGGACUUGACCAUGAGCUCAAUUACAUUUCAUUGUGUUUUCCGUCUGUGUAGGGAAGCAGCGUGUGUAUGUGUGUGAUGUGUACAGAGACCUGGAUGACUGCAGGUUUAAGAUCCCUCCUCACCAGAAGAGAUACAGCCUCCUCAACCCAGAACCCAGGACCCUGUUCCACUGCAACUGUACCAGCAGGUCAUUAUUACAGAAUAAUACAAUAUGUAACGAUUCGGACAACCAGAUCAGUGCGACCAAGUGGUCUGUGACACACAGCUGUCUGUAUGUAAUUUUGUGAAUUAAUUAAUGAAAUUACGUGUCAAAUCACAUUCGAUGACCCAUCCCUUACUGGUAUAUUUGUCAGAUUGUUAAACAAAUUGUUUGUACAGGGUCAGACAGUGAAGGACAGCCCUACUAGUUGUGUUAGCAGUUGUUGCUUAAUGUUUAAAUUAAAUGUUUGAUAAAACACAGAAGUAGGGCAUUUGGGCAACAGUGGGAUUGUGUGCUCACUUAUGUGUCUGGCGCUCACCCCAAUAUGUCCUCCUCUCCUCUCCUCUCCUCUCCUCUCCUCUCCUCUCCUCUCCUCUCCUCUCCUCUCCUCUCCUCUCCUCUCCUCUCCUCUCCUCUCCUCUCCUCUCCUCUCCUCUCCUCUCCUCUCCUCUCCUCUCCUCUCCUCUCCUCUCCUCUCCUCUCCUCUCCUCUCCUCUCCUCUAGACUGUCUGAGGUUCUGGUUCAGCAGAAGGAGAUAUCUGGGGUUCAGACUAUUCUGUUGGAGUACAUCUCUCUGUCCUGUUUCACAUUACAGCCACAGGUCUGCACACAGGGGACAAGGUCAGUACAGUACACAUCACAGACACACACGUACUGCCACACACGUGCACGCAAGGGUGCACACUCUCUCUCUCUCUAACUCUCUCUCUCUCUCUCUCGCUCUCCCUCUCACACACACACACACAAACACACACACACACACACACACACACACAGGCGGCAGGUGGUUAAGAUCGUUGUGCCAGUAACCGUAAGGUCGCUGGUUCUAAUACCCGAGCCGACUAGGUGAAAAAUCUGUUGAUGUGCCCUUGAGCAAGGCACUUAACCCUAAUUGCUCCUGUAAGUCGCUCUGGAUAAGAGCGUCUGCUAAAUGACAAAAAAAACACACAAAAAAACACAGGGGCGGACUGGUACCAGAAAUCGGCUCUGGCAUUCUAAUACACCGGCCAUUAGGCCCUCACUAUUAGCCAGAUAAUUAUCAUUUUGUGCAAAAAACCCAAGUUAGACAGGCCCACUGAGCUAAAAAUGGUCCACGCCUGCACACACACACACACACACACACACACACACACACACACACACACACACACACACACACACACACACACACACACACACACACACAGAGAGAGAGACACACACACACAGACACACACACACACAUGUGAGUUUGUAACAGUCUAUCUCCUUAUCUACAGCUGCUCAGCUUCUCUGGUCAAACCCUCUCCUGCUCAGCUGGAGCAGCAGAAGCAGAAUGGUGGAGACAUGGAGGAGUGGCGCCAUCUACAGGCCACUGGACGCAACGGCAGGAGACCCAAAUCUAGACGAGCCAAACACAGACUACACAAACUCUGCCUCAGGAUGAUACAACCCAAAGUACACAAGACCAGGAAGCACAAACAAUGUGCUUUAGUAGGGGAUGCAGUGCCAAUGUAA